GUUCGAAGAAAAAAAGGACGAAGCCUUGGAAAACUGUUGUUAUAAAUGGUAAGAGGAAAUAUAUAUUUGGAGAGAAUCUUGCUAAAGAUCAGUCAAAAGUCCGAGCUCCACAUCGGAUAAGUACCUCGCAAAUGGUUCGUGAAGAUCGGUCUACAUCUUCCACAAAUAUUUCCCUGACGGAGUCGGAGUGUCAUUCAGAUUCUCAACCACAAUUUUCAUGUGAUCAGUACGAUGAAAAUACAACGCCAGAAGUCGUUAUUGAUUGUCAACCUCCUCAUUCAUCGCUGGUGCAAAACACUGAAGCAAAUGUGGAAAUUGCCUAUGCUACUGAGCUUUCUAGGUUAGAGAUGGUAACUGUAGUAACCAAAUGCGCAUUUGUAUUGCCCGACUUUAACGUCGAAAGUAAACGAAUAAAGGAAAUGAACUUCAUUGUGGUACACAGAAGUGUCUGGCUGCUACUACCUACCAAUCAGUAUGAUUGGCUAUACAGCUGUUCAUGCUCACCUAGAAGGAGUCAACUGCUCUCUGGAUUGUCAAAGUUAUUACAGCAGGAACCAUCCCAUCUCCGUAAUUCAGUGUGUAUUCACAUAAAAGCAAUAUGUCACUUACUUCUGGAUUAUGACUCACAACAUGGAAUUACUCCAGAAGAACAAGAAAAAGAAAGUUCAAUGAAUGACCAUACAUAUAAGUAUGAUGUUAUAAAGCCAUUAAACGUCGCUCUUUCCAAAAUGGACCAGAAUCUGUUCUCCCGGAAGUUAUGGACGAUGAAGGAAAGAUGUUUUUAGCUCUUUUCCCCCUUUUCCGGCCCUAAAUGAUGAACCAUGUCAGUUAUGUGGGAAUAAU